GUGCUGUGGGCUGAGGCGCGCUUCCGCUUCCGGCCGCCAGCGUCUACGCGCUCCGUGCUACGUGUCCCUGGCGUCUCCGAAGGCCGAGGGUAAUCAUGGAUCAGGUAAUGCAAUUUGUUGAGCCAAGUCGGCAGUUUGUAAAGGACUCAAUUCGACUAGUUAAAAGAUGCACCAAGCCUGAUAGAAAAGAAUUCCAGAAGAUUGCCAUGGCAACAGCAAUAGGAUUUGCCAUAAUGGGAUUCAUUGGCUUCUUUGUGAAAUUGAUCCAUAUCCCUAUCAAUAACAUCAUCGUUGGUGGCUGAAUACUUUUUGGAAGAAUCGUCCUGGAGAUUGAUUAACAAGUGAGGGUUUGAGAAGCUCGUGGAGUAAAAAUUUGCCUAUAUAUUUUGUGUUUUUCCCAAGAUUUUUUUAUUUCUAAAUUAAAACAACUUCAAAACAAAA